AUGGAAAGAUCAAUGAUUUCACAGUCCACCGAUUUUGUUAAACUGGAUCAACUGCUAACCAGCUAUCAAACCCAAAAUUUCAAUAAUUCUAUGUACAACUCAAUUUAUUACGGAAUUGACUGUACAAAUGAUUUUAUUCACGAGGGAACUUUGUUUCAGUUACUACUACUGAGGAGAUUUUUAUCUGAGAAAUUUAACGUAGUUUUAGUUAUAGGAGGAGGAACUACUUUAGUUGGAGACCCUUCAUAUAAGUUAAGAAGAAAUAGAAACGACAAGUUUUAUUUUUCAAAUUUUGUACUAAAUAAAGAUAAAUCUGAAUUUGAUACAACAAAUGAACAAUCUAUUGAACAAAUCGCAACCAAAAUACUUUCACUACCAAUAAAGAUAGAUAACACUAGUCCCGAUAAUAACAAUAACUAUGCGUUACCUAAGGUGGUUAGAGUUUCAGAUUUGAGCACAGAUUUAGAUGUUUCAUCUGAAAUGUGUAACCCAUACAGGGUAUUUAUAGUUAAUAACAGGGAUAUUUACAACCGUGUGAACUUGAUGGAGUACCUUGAAACGGUGGCAAGGAACAUGAAUGUAGGAAGAAUGUUAUCUAGGGACUGUAUAAAGAUACGGACUGUUGAUAAGGACGGUACUGGAUAUAAGAAAAGCAUUAACAUGGACCUGUCAGAGUUAAUGUACAUGUCACUCCAGGCCAUGGACUUUGUAUACCUUGCUGAAAAUUUUAACUGUAAAAUACAACUGGGAGGCAAUGAUCAGUUGGGAAAUAUCAUCUCCGGAAUUGAACUUGCAAGUUCACUUGGAAUUGGCAAUAUAUUUGGCAUAACUACACCGCUUUUGAAGGACAAAUUUGGUGAAAAAAUUAGUAAAACUGGUUCAAACUGUUUUUUGAAAAUUACCAAUAAAAUUUCACCUCAUGAAUUUUGGUCGCAUUUCAGAAGUGUGGAUGAUUCAGUUUUAGAAAAGUACUAUCACUAUCUCUACUCAUACAUAUAUAUAUGGCCUAUAAAUAAUAUAUUAUACAGUUAUUUGAAAUGGUUUACUGAUGUAUCAUUGGAUAAGAUAAAGGAAACUAUGGCAGAGCAUUAUAAUAGUGGAAAGGUUCUUUUGGCUGAUGAACUAACUCGUUUGUUGUAUGGAAACCAGAUGGUUGAGUUGAUUCAUAAAUUUUGUAUGUCUAAGCAGUUUUCUGAAUUAAAACCUUUUUUAACUAAUUUUGAUACUAAUAUGGAAGAAUUUGAAUCAUUUAUCAAUUUUUCUAAGGCUGUUCCUCACAUCAACCUUACUUCACAACAACUCUCCAAAGUUGGAGUUAAAUUAUUGGAGGUAUUGGAUGCAGUUAGAGUGCCACAAUUUUCAAACGCCUGUUUCCACUCUAAUAAAAAAUUCAUAAAGGAAGGCGGGUGUAGAGUAAAUGGUAAUGUAGUGACAGAUGUAAACUAUACACUAACAGAAGACGAUGUAGUCAAAUUAACAAGUGAAGGCAAUCAUUAUAAGUACAUUUCAAUACAGAUGGGCAAUAGAAGGUUAUAUUUUUUAAUAGUGGAUUAUUCUCUUUGA